UUCUUUGGGCACCCAGCAGGCACAUGUGAGCAAACCGGUCCGCUGUGGCGAUGGCGGUGGCAGUCGUCUCUUAACAUUCUGUGAGCACGCAAUCCGAGUGGAGCAGAGCCACACGCCAUCUACCAUAGAGAGAGAUAUUUCCCAACCCAAAACCCAACCGAAAAACCUAAUGCAUCGCUGCUACUGCGGCGGGAACUUUGGAGCUGGCAGUGCGAUGAGAUCAUCUGUGGUGCAGUCGCAGUCGCAGCCACAGCGUCCACGUGGCGAUCUCAUGUCGGUGGCGUCUUCAUCCAGGCAGAGUACAAGACCCACGCAGUUUGUGAGGAGGCCGAGCCUCAAGUCGAAUGGGCCAGGACUGGGCUUGGGUCACUCCAGCACCGGGCUGAGCAACGAGUUUAGUCGACGCAACUCCACAGCCGCCUCGGUGAGUCAUUGCUCCAGCUGCAGCUGCAGCUCCUCCCAGCAACGGCAGCAGAGUCGGGCCAAGGUUCUACGAUGGGGCUGGGAGCGAACAGGAGGUGUCAACAGCAACACCAACACCACCACCAGCAGCAGCGGCAAUAGCAAUAGCAGCUCCCCUCAGUACACGGACAAUCGACGUUUCUAUGAGCAGAGCGCAUGCGUCGCCAGUCGCCAGCCGAGCCAAGGUCAGGGUCAGGUUCAGGUUCAAAGUGGCAACUCGACAGCGUCAUCGUCAUCAGCGUCACCCCAUCAGCCCACAUCAAUGCUACACUACAGCCACAACAACGAGCUGCAGCAGCUGCAGGCACUCCAAAAGUUUCGAUUGAUGAACGCCAGCCAAUGCUUCAGCGAUGUGCGUCGGGAUGAGCUCAGACUGCAGCAGGCCUACGAAAAACUAGAGCGGAGCAAUGCCAACACGGACAAGUGGCACAAGGACCGCGAUAACGAGGCCAAUAGGCAGCAGCAAUUGAACAGCACCACAACAACAACAACGCCCUACGCCCUGCGCCAAAAGAUGCUGCAGUUGCGGCUGCAGGCGGAUGAAAAGCAGGGCAGAGGCACGGGUGCCACGUGUGCACCACUGGGCAGGAGCUGCGCACUGCGAUAUAAUUGAUUCAGGGUUAAAUCUUAAGUUUACGAAUUACUAUAGCUAUUAAUGGAAAAUAAAAGCCUCUUAAAGGUUGAGGUGGAAAAUAAAUACGAUUAUAAUCUAAUUAAAAUUAGACCCAAGAAAAUCGGUCACUUUUAGCUAGAAAUCUGAGCAUGAAAAUAAUCUUUUAUAGGUACAUUACGGAAAUCCCUUGCUAAACAAAUUAAUAGAGAAAAAAAACCUGGCAGUUAACAAGUUUCUCGUAGGAAAGUUUAAGAUAUACCCGUAGAUUAUGGGUAUUUUCUUCACUCAAAGAUAUUGUACUCCGGCUUGUCUGAGUAAUCAAAUCUAAGCAAAUAAAUGGUUUAAACCU